GCUAUCUCCCGCUUUGUUUACACAUUUCGUUUACUUAAAAAUAGACGGUACUCCCAACUGAUGAUUAAGAUUCUCCCACUUCUUCCUUAGAUCUUAGCUAGCCUUCUUCUUCUUCCUCUCUCCCUUCUUUUGUUCAGAGAACUGUGCCUGAAAAACCCAGACAAUGCUCAUGGGAACUCCAUUUUCCUAUUACCUUAGCCUCCUCUUCCUCAUUAUCACCAAAGGAGUAUCAGGAGCUACAUUCACCUUCGUAAACAAAUGUGACUUUACUGUGUGGCCAGGAAUUCUAGCCAGUGCCGGUAGUCCAAAGCUAGACAGCACCGGCUUUGAGCUUACCAAGGGCGCCUCCCGCUCAUUUCAAGCUCCAGCGGGUUGGUCUGGCCGCUUCUGGGCCCGAACCCGCUGCAGCUUCGACGCAUCCGGCCUUGGCUCAUGCGCCACGGCUGAUUGCGGCUCAGGACAGAUGGAGUGCAAUGGAGCCGGAGCUACUCCACCCGCCACCCUAGCCGAGUUCACGCUCGGAUCGGGCUCCGGUGGCACGCAGGAUUUUUAUGACGUUAGUCUUGUUGAUGGCUAUAACUUGCCCAUGAUCGUCGAGGGGAGUGGCGGAUCAGGUACGUGCGCCACCACUGGCUGCGCGUCGGACCUCAACCGGAGUUGUCCGAAGGAGCUUAAGGUCGACGAUGGCGAAGCGUGUAAGAGUGCGUGCGACGCGUUUGGGACGCCGGAGUAUUGCUGUAACGGCGCGUUUGGUUCACCUGAUACAUGCAAGCCGUCCAUGUACUCGCAGCUGUUUAAGACGGCCUGUCCUAAGUCGUAUAGCUACGCGUAUGAUGAUGCCUCAAGUACAUUUACGUGUACAGGAGCGGAUUAUACGAUCACAUUCUGUGCUUCUCUUCUUCCUAGUGUAAAGUCCGCAACAAAUUCGGCUCCGAAAAUACCUGAUGCAUCAAGUUCCGGGUCUACAGGGACGGAAUCUGAAGGUGGCACUUCAUUGCUAGCAAGUUUGGCAACCGGAGACUCAACUAUAACCCAUUCAAUUGCUUUCCAAACUAUGUUGAUUCUGGUCGUGUCCUUUGCUCUCUCAUUUUCAAAAUUGUAGUAGGCUUGUAGGCACUCAUGUACCAAUUGAUAAAUGGCAUAGUUGAGAGAGCAAGAGUAAGCGAAGCACCAACACCAACAAUUCAACAUCAUGGUGGUGAUCUGGGUAUUACCUGUGGCUCUAGUAUUACUCAUGAGGAAAGUAGACAGAAUCUAGGAUUGGAAUUUUGUACACCACCCAUUUCUACAUCCUACAUACUUAAUAUAUUGUCACGUACAUACCACUAUAUCAAUAUUGUAUAAAAGCAUUUGUUCAGAAAUAAAAGCUUGCUUUACUUCU